AUCUUAUCUGGUCCAUCAGGUCCUCCAGUUACUUCUAUACCAAGCCAGAACUCUGAACUGGUUCUUACCCCAAAUGUACCUGAUAUUAUGGUUGUCCCACCGGAAGAUGAUCACCUUUGCCAUGUUAUUGAUACCAUGUCUCUGUAUGUUCUCGAUGGAGGCUGUGCUUUUGAGCAGGCCAUAAUGGAGCGAGGCCGUGGGAAUUCUCUCUUCAACUUCUUAUUUGAGCUUGGCUCCAAGGAGCAUACAUAUUAUGUUUGGAGACUUUAUUCUUUUGCUCAGGGGGAUACUCUUCAACGCUGGCGCACAGAACCUUUUAUCAUGAUAAGUGGUAGUGGAAGGUGGAUACCACCUCCUCUGCCUACAUCAAAAGGAGACGAGAAUGAAAGGGAAUUGGGGACUGCAUAUGCUACUGGAAAAAGCAGGCGUGUAGAAGUAGAAAGGACAUUAACUGAUGCACAGAGAGAUGAAUUUGAAGAUAUGCUACGUUCAUUGACUCUUGAAAGAAGUCAGAUAAGAGAAGCAAUGGGUUUUGCUCUAGACAAUGCUGAUGCUGCUGGAGAGGUAGUUGAAGUUCUAACAGAGUCUUUGACGCUUAAAGAAACUCCAAUACCAACAAAAGUUGCCCGGCUUAUGCUUGUCUCAGAUAUUCUCCACAAUAGUAGUGCUCCUAUUAAGAAUGCAUCAGCAUAUCGCACUAAAUUUGAAGCCACUUUACCAGACAUAAUGGAAAGUUUCAAUGACUUGUAUCGUAGUAUUACAGGAAGGAUUACUGCUGAGGCCCUCAAAGAGAGAGUUCUGAAAGUUCUUCAAGUGUGGGCUGAUUGGUUUUUAUUUUCCGAUGCUUAUGUCAAUGGUUUACGGGCAACUUUUCUUCGAUCUGGGAACUCCGGUGUCAUCCUCUUUCAUUCUCUUGGUGGUGAUGCCCCUGAACUAGAACAAACGAUCAGCACUAAAACUGCCCUGGAUGGUGACAAGGUUAACCAAGAUGCUGCACUGGCAAUUGGGAAAGGAGCUGCCAUGAAAGAGCUACUGAGUCUUCCGCUUCCGGAGUUAGAAAGACGAUGCAGGCACAAUGGUUUGUCUCUCAUAGGUGGUAGGGAAAUGAUGGUUUCUCGGUUACUUUACCUUGAGGAAGCAGAGAAACAGAGAGGAUAUGAACUGGAUGAUGAUCUAAAACAUGUAAACCGUCCAAAUUCUGACAGAUACCCUAGUAGCCAAAAAGAGACCAAUAAUAAGUUGGAUCAGAUGGCUUCAGGCUGGAAUAGUUAUGUGAAUGACGACAAACAACUCGAAGGCAAAGUCUCUAUGUCGUCGGUUCCCUCAAAUUCUAGUCCACAGUUUGAUUCAAAUGACUUAUUUGAUGAGGGUAAAAAUGGGUCUAUUUUGCCAGCCUCUAAAUGGGCCAGGGAGGAUAAUGAUAGUGAUGAUGAACAAAAGAGAGAUAUGAGAGACCUGGGGCUGACAUAUUCAUCUUCUGGAAGUGAAAAUGCUGGAGAUGGCAUUGGUAAGAUUGAGGAGAUGGGACUUACAACUGACACGAGCAAUUCAACACAUCUAGAAAGUGGAAUGACUGAAGAACAGAGACAAAAGUUGAGGCGCCUUGAGGUUGCUUUGAUUGAAUAUCGCGAAUCUCUUGAAGAGCGAGGGAUAAAUAAUCCAGAUGAAAUAGAAAAGAAAGUUGAAAUCCAUCGGCAACGGCUUCAAUCUGAAUAUGGUUUAGCAAAUUUCAGUCAAGAUGUUUCAAGAAAGACGAGUAAGUUAACUUCAGAGAGGAGGGAUAAGAGAGAGGAUCCCCGGGAAACUUCAAGGAAACGUCAUCGAAGCAGAAGUGGAAGUGAAAGCCCUCAGAGGAAAUCUUCCAGCAGAGACAGGGAAAAUGAUGUGAACAGAGACAAGGAAAAACGACGAGAGAGGGAAAGGGUUCACGAUGUAGAAAGUGAAAAACAGAGAGACAGUGGACGGGAGAGUAAGAGAGGAAGCAGGGAGAGGGAUGACGAUAGUAGAGACAGAUCCAGGGAGAGAAGACGAGUCAGAUGAAUACAUUGUGCUGUUACUGUAUCUUGAUUGAUGGUAAUCGUGUUUGCUCGCCUUUCAUUUUGUAGAAAUAUCUUUAGUUUGCUAAUCUUAUUUUCUAGGCAUCUAAGGUUCAUAGUGAAAAUCCGUAAUGUGAAGCUGUUUGGCCAAUGGAAGGGACCUGUAGACUGCAUUAUGUUCCGGAAAAGAUGCAUCACUUGAAGAACGUCUCAUGUUUGUAUUUCCAAGUAGGACCUUGAACAGUAGAUUUUGCUCUUGUAUGUAGCCUUUUUUAUCUAAAUUUUAGAAAAUCGUUUGGAUUUCCUAUUGAAGAUUUGCA